UCGUGCGCGGAUUCAGGCAACGGUUGUAAAGCUAUCAUGGGUUGAACCGAAACUGUGUCGUCUGAUGUCUCCACUGUCUCUAUUGGCAUUUCUACCGGAAUGGCUUCAACUUCUAUUUCUUGAAUUUCAACUUCUGAACCGAUGACUGACGCCAUCUUUGUUUCUUCCGACAAUGAAUGGCGGGUAUAGCUAGCAUACGACAACUGGAUCACGUGAUAACAUAGGGUUUAGCAAAAUGGCGAUCUUCUGAAUAAUGAGCUCAUGAAUAUUGAUCUAGGUCAUGGCACACUGUCUGGUUUAAAGUCAACUUACGAGGUGCUUAACAGUCACACGCGGUAUUUCAGCUCAUGAGAGACUGAUAUCGUUGGAUCGGGUAGAGGUUAAAGUUUCACUUAGACAUACGUUUUCUGACAGAACGUGUGUGUGGUGCUUGUCGUUGUUAGUUUUAGUAGAUCUACAUAGUUUUACUGUUGUCAGGAAAGGUUCUUUUCUUUUAUUUUUCGGCGAGAUUCUUUUUCGUUCAACAAAAUGGGAGCGACUGUCUCAAGAACAGACUUCGAAUGGUCUUACACUGACGAGCCUCAUGCGACAAGAAGGAAAGAAAUAUUGGGUAAAUAUCCAGAGAUGAAGAAAUUGAUGGGAAGUGAUCCAAACUUAAAGUAUUCUGUUUUAUUUUUGGUUUUCAUACAGUUUGUAUCAAUUUAUCUGGUUAAAGAUGCAUCAUGGACAAGUUUGUUGAUCCUAGCCUAUUGUUUCGGUGGAACUAUUAAUCACUCUCUAAAUUUAGCGAUUCACGAGAUCGCCCAUAAUCUGGCUUUUGGCCAUUCAAAACCUUUAGCCAAUCGUGUUCUAGGUAUGUUCGCUAAUUUACCAAUAGGUUUUCCCGUAUCUAUAACAUUUAAGAAAUAUCAUUUAGAGCAUCAUCGUUACCAAGGAGAUGAUGAAAUGGAUGUGGAUAUUCCAUGCCAACUCGAGGCCAAGAUUUUCGUUAAUACUUUCCUGAAGAUUGUGUGGGUGAUUUUGCAGCCAUUUUUUUAUGGAAUUCGACCUUUAUUUAUUCGACCGAAAUCUCUGACGGUGUUGGAAGCGGUGAAUAUACUGAUUCAAGUUGUAUUCGAUGGAUUAGUCUUUUAUUUCCUGGGGGUGAAAUCUCUGGUGUAUAUGGUCGCAGGAUCUUUAAUGGCAACCGGAAUGCACCCAUUGGCUGGACAUUUUAUAUCUGAACAUUAUAUGUUUGUCAAGGGUUAUGAAACAUAUUCCUAUUAUGGACCUUUAAAUUAUCUCACCUUUAAUGUGGGGUAUCACAACGAACAUCACGAUUUUCCCAGCAUUCCUGGAUCACGGCUACCAGAGGUCCGAAAGAUUGCUCCAGAAUAUUACGAUAAUUUGCCGUGUCACACAUCAUGGGUCAAGGUCAUCUGGGACUUUAUUGUAGAUCCAGAGAUUGGUCCCUACGCGAGAAUUCGACGAAAACAACGAAAAGUAAAUGGAGUGUCUGAAGUCGACAAAUCUGAUUGAUUAUAUUACUUAUUUCUAUAUAUUACUUAAAACUUAUAUACAUUAUAUUACUUAAAACUUAUAUACAUUAUAUUACUUAUAACAAUACCUAGCCCUCAUAGACAAUUUGUCAUACAAUCUGAUUGCAAUACAGAUCAAUAUUUCCUUUCUUUGUUUUAUACUUUCAAUGGCCUUCAUGAUCUGACCGGUUAUAGUGGGAGGUCUCUUCAUGAGUCAUAAGUGUGAAUUAUGACCCUAUGACAUCAGUCAUUCGAUUAACCUAUAGUCUCAGCAUUUAUAAAGUUGUUGUUCGGAAACACAACUUUUCCUUUAAUUUGUUUACACACAGUUUGCGAUCUCUGCACCCUAAGAACUUGAAUCAAUAGAACAUCAACCAAAACGCAGGUUAUUUAACACCUCUUUCAGAUCCUAGUGUAGUGAAGACAAGUACAACGAAAUUUUGACUUUAAAAAAAUGAAAGGAAAUAGGAUCUGUGUUUUAAAGGAGCUAAAUCGCUAACAUUUGGGACCUAGAAAUCCACAAAAGUGGGUCGCAACGCAUAAAAUACUGUAAUAUGAAUGUAUAUAAACUGAUUUACAUUUAAUGGUUUCCGUUUUUACUCCAAUUUCAAAUCAGUUAUGUUCGGCGAAAUAAGUCAGCAAUCUCAAUCGAGUGCAAAUUUCUAGCGUCUAGUUAUUCUAGUCUACAUAACUCCAUUUGAUUUGGUGCAAUGUGUCUAGCCUCGUCCCUCAAUACAACUGGGGCUGAAGCGCAUUAUGGUACACGAUUCGUGUACCAAUGUUAAAAAAAUUAUUUUAUCUUAAAUAUCGGAUAUCAGAAGCUCAUCUUUUCCCGGUAAGUUUACAUCAUCAAUGUUGAUUUAAAUUGACCAAUAAUUCGUGUUUUCGAUGUCGAAGAUUUUGGAGGAUUUUGAGUUACGGACUUAGGUCCUUUAAUCAGAUUGUUAGUCAUAGUAUUCAUACCUGAUUAUACGCUUUUCAUUUCUAUACAAACUCGCUUUGAAUUGUGGGUUACUGUUGCCCCCAUUGAAUGUGGUUAUAAUGCAUAUUUCACCCACAUUGAAGUGUGGUUGCCUGUUGUAUCCAUGUUAAAGUUGGGGUGCCUAUGGCAGGCCUACCCACAUAGAUGUGUGCUUACAUGCACAUAGCCUAUGGUAACCCACCUUGAAGUGUGGUUGCCUAUGGUACCCACCUUGAAGUGUGGUAGUCUAAGGUAACCCACCUUGAAAGUAUAAAACAAAGAAAGGAAAUAUUGAUCUGUAUUGCAAUCAGAUUGUAUGACAAAUUGUCUAUGAGGGCUAGGUAUUGUUAUAAGUAAUAUAAUGUAUAUAAUGUGGUAGCCUAAGGUAACACACCUUGAAGUGUGGUAGCCUAAAGUAACCCACCUUGAAGUGUGGUAGCCUAAGGUAACACAACUUGAAGUGAGGUUGGCUAUGGUACCCACAUUGAAAUGUGGUAGCCUAAGGUAACCCACCUUGAAGUGUGGUAGCCUAAGGUAACCCAC